AUGUCUCCGACAGGAGUAAGGCUAACACCCCCCAAAGUUGGCAGUUUCAACAAGAAUGACGCCGACGUUGCCACUGGUCUUGUUGGCGCCCCCGCUUGCGGUGAUGUCAUGAAGCUCCAGAUUCGUGUUGACAAGGAUACGAAUGUGAUCAGCGACGUCAGGUUCAAGACAUUUGGCUGUGGCAGCGCCAUUGCCAGUUCGAGUUACCUGACAGAGUUGGUGCGCGGUAUGACUCUCGAGGAGGCUGGAAAGAUUAAGAAUACUGAAAUUGCUCGUGAACUUUUGCCCCCCGUGAAGUUGCACUGCUCUAUGCUUGCCGAGGACGCCAUCAAGUCCGCGAUUUCCAACUACUAUACGAAGAACCCUAAUGCCCGUACAACCAACCUUGGAGGUACCGGUGCCUCUAUCCCUAACGUCAAGGUCGAGAUUGAGAAGUCUGAGGGUGCCGCUGCUACUGCUUAA